AUGUUUCGGGCCAUCCGACACCGCCAGGAUGCACCUCAGAAUGUCCAGGAGCUCAGUGAUGCCCUGGUCCAGAUCUGGGAGGAAAUACCCCAGGACACCAUCCGUUGUCUCAUUAGGAGCAUCCACCAACAUUGUGUCCUUUACAACUCUACGCUCUGUGUGUCAUCUGACAAGAGUGCCACUGCAGGGCAGAUCCUCCCCAUCCUGGACAAACUCAAGAAGAAGUUUAAGGUGGAGGAAGAUGAUUCUGCCUUCAAGAGAGCUAUCAAGGAGAAGGUCUGGACAGAUCUCUCUCCACGGUACACGUAUGAAAGAAAUUAUGACCUUCAACGGUUUCUUGAGGAGGCUACAGCCCUGGAUGUUCGAUUCAAAUCCAAGGUUCAGCAUGAGGCUGUUUGGGCCCCCUUAGAGAAAGAAGCGGUCACAUUUGCAAGCAGAAACAAGGGUGGAGAAGUGACCCAGGAGGAAAAAGGAGAAGAGCUGCUGCAGCAGGAGGAAGAGGAGGAGCAGGAUCAUCGGUUCACAGAAGACAGAAAACCAGCAGCAGCAACAGCACAUACAGCUCUUGGGGAGCUCUUUAAAGAUGAAGACCAGGCCCUGCUGGUCCUGGAAAGGGUGAAGAUGGACGUCAGAGGCCCCUCAGUCACUGAAAAGGCUAAGAAAGAGAUACAAGUGUACCGGAGCUUUCCGACAGUCCUAAGCUCAGUGGAUCCUAUCCUGUGGUGGUGGCAGAAGAGGGACCAAAUGCCAAUGCUGGCCAGAUUGGCAAAAAGGUAUCUCUGUGUCCAGGCCUCUUUUACACCCUCAGAGCGGGUGUUCUCGACAGCGGGGGACACAGUGAGUGUGGAACGGGCACGGCUCUUACCUGAGAGAGUUGACAUGCUGAUUUUUCUCAAAAAGAAUUGCUAGAUUAGUUAGUUAGUUUUUUUUUUUUUCAAUAUGAAAUGGUUUAUUGAACUUAAUGUUCAUUGAUCAUUUGUUUAAUUUUUUUUUACAUUUUAUUUGUGACAGCCAUCAGGUUGUA